CGCAAUCCACAUUUCAACAUCAUCCUAAUCUUUCACAGCUACGCACCCCUCAAACGCCAUAUCGAGGUCACUGCAGGCUAUAAGCAUGAAGUCAAUUUUCCUGUCGCUGUCGCUACUAGCCUCCGCCACCGUUGGCGUCCUGGCCGCCGAGGAGCUGGGCAUCGACGUUACCGUUCCUGUAGAGUGCGAUCGCAAGACUCGCAAGGGCGACAAGAUCAAUGUCCAUUAUCGCGGCACCCUCCAAUCCAAUGGCCAGCAGUUUGAUGCUAGCUAUGACCGCGGGACACCCUUCAGCUUCAAGCUCGGCGGUGGUCAGGUUAUCAAGGGAUGGGACGAAGGCCUCGUUGACAUGUGCAUUGGCGAGAAGCGGACAUUGACGGUUCCUCCCAGUUACGGCUACGGCCAGCGCUCCAUCGGUCCCAUCCCGGCCGGUUCCACCCUAAUUUUCAAGACCGAGCUGAUUGGUAUUGACGGUGUCCCCAAGCCCGAAUCCAUCGUCUACAAACAGGCUGCCGAGAAAGCUGAGGAGGCUGCUUCGGCGGUUGAAGAAAAGGUUGCUGAGGCUACCGACAAGGCUGGAGGAAAGAUUGCGGACGCUACUGAGAAGGUCGAGGAGAAGGCUGAGGAGGCUUCUGCCAAUGUUGUCGAGAAGGUGGCUAGCGUGGUCAGCGGAGCUGCCGAAGCCGUCAAGACAGUUGUCGCCGACACUGAUGAUGUCCAGGAGCACAAUGAGCUCUGAUACGCAUUAGGCUCAUGUUGUGAUGACGCAGUACAUAUAGAACACGAUUGUAAAGCGAAAUACAGACAUCUGUCGUUAAAUU